GCAGGCCGAUGGAGCAGAGUCUAUCACAGGGACCCGGUCGGUCGAGGAUGGGUGCGGAGAAGGGCUUCAGACGUCUGGGCGACGGAUGGGACGGGCGCGCCCGAGAGGCGAGGAAGACGUGGGGAGGAUGCAGCGAGAAGCUACGAGGGAAAUGUGAUGGAUUUUGAGCAUGCCAGAGCGGAAGCAAAGAGUCGAGCGGUGGUGCUGGGCUGGUGGCAUUGGGAAGAGAAGAGGCCUUCUUGCAGUCUGGGUGUCCUACGCAGUCUUGUCGUCCUCAGCAGCCGUGGGUGAGGGUCCAAGCGCGAAUCUAUCGGCACCGCCUGGUCGUCAUUGGGGGCACCCGUCAUUACCAAUUCACAGGACGAGCCUUGCACGGCUCUCCUUGAAUGGCAGCAGCACCGGUCGAAAAACAUCUAUAUACGCCUUGCCAACAUGUCGUCAAACGCAUCUAUCCAACUUACUGCAUCUCUGCAGCACUUUUCUAAGGGGAAAAGGCAGCAGAUAUAAGACGGCUGGCGGCCAUGAGACAGCAGCGGCCGCCCAAGGCCAGCAAUAACAGAAGAUGGGCGUCACCUGCGCUUGCUGCGGGUGGGCCAAGAAAAAGCGAAUCCUGUCGAAUUCAUCCGAGCAGCCCGCUGCCGGAAAUGCCACUUUCAUAUUCGCCGCUGGUCCUCUCUCUCUUCUGCAUGUCUUCUGCCCCUCAGAAAUCCUCACCGUGGUAACCGUUCCGC